AUGGAAGGCCAUACAUCUGAAGGAGAACUCCGGCUUUUGAGAAUCAAAUAUAAGAAAUUAUCCUUCUGGUUGUUCACUCGUGGUUUUCCGGGGCCCUCUAACACUCAACGAUUGUUGAAUUAUCAAUCCUUACGCGCAGGCUCGGGCUCUAGAGAGGACGCACAUCCUGUAGACCCAGCUACUUCUCUCGAGACUUCCGAUGCUGGGAAAUUCUACUCCAUUGGCUGGCGUAUGGGUGGAGCCUCUGUGCUCCUCCCACAUGGUUUCACCUAUGCCGCUGAUAAUAUAGUGUGCUUUGAGAAGAAGAAGAGGGAUAAACAUAUCGAGUCUCACACUUUCCAUGCAUGCUUACGGCGACACGGCGUAUUUAGCGGCCGGCGAAAAUCGGUGGUAGCUGUGAGUCUUGGCGGCAAGCGGUGGAGGGAAGGGAACGGUGCAGAAGCCGGUAUGAUCGUGGUGGGGUUUGCCAACAUCAUAAUAUAUCACUCGACCGACUGGCUCAUAACUGUGCAGUCUACUAGACCCGAUUUGGCUACAUUUCUGCCCCGUAACUUUGUUUCCCAAGGAACCGGAGAAUUAACCGGUUAUGUUAGACGAGUAGAUAUCUUGGCCUUAACAGCGCUCUGA